UGGUGGCAAAGACACUGAAAAGUAGAAUGGAAAAUUUGCCUCUGUAAAUUCAAAUAUUAAUAUUGAAAAUGAGCUUGAUGCGCGAGCAGACCCAAGCUUAUCGCUUAUUACUUUUGAGAACCUGAUGUGUGGUUAACAAGACUCACUUUUGUCUACAUAAGUAACAAGAGAGCAAACCAAUGCAUAUCGCUCAGAUCAAAAUUUCAAACGUACAAAAGUCUAAAAACCGUAGACUAUGAAACUCUUUCAAAAUUAUCCUCUUCUUCUCCUUCUUCAUGUUCUCUUGCUCUCCUUGCUCCCAUUGAAGACCACGUCAUCUGCAAGAACCCAAGCUGAAGCUCUUCUCCAAUGGAAGAACAGCUUGUCUUCUCCACCAGCUUCUCUAAAUUCAUGGUCCCUCACCAAUCUCAACAACCUCUGCAACUGGUCUUCCAUUGUCUGUGACAACUCCAUCGGGACGGUCUCCCAAAUAGACCUCCCCAACCUCAAUGUCACCGGAACUCUAACCCAGUUAAAUUUCACUCCGUUUCUUAAUCUCAGCGUCUUCAACCUCAACAACAAUAGUCUCAGCGGGCCAAUACCCGCAGCCAUUGGAAACCUGUCCAAGCUCACUUUGUUGGACAUUGGCAACAACUUUUUCGCAGGUGAAAUACCUUUGGAGAUAAGCAGGUUAACAGAGCUUCGCUAUCUUAGUUUCCACAACAACAAUCUAAAAGGUACCAUUCCUUAUCAGCUCAGCAAUCUCCAAAAGUUAUGGUACUUGGACCUUGGAUCAAACUACUUAGAAUCCCCUGACUGGUCUAAAUUUUCAGCCAUGCCAUCGUUAACCUACCUUGAUCUUUAUCUCAACAGUCUUGAUUCAGAAUUCCCAGAUUUCAUAUCAGAUUGCAGGAACUUGACGUUCCUAGACUUGUCCCAGAAUCAGGAAUUGACCGGCCAAAUACCAGAAUGGGUAUUUAGCAAUCUGGGCAAGCUUGAAUAUCUCAAUCUCACAAAUAACCAAUUCAAUGGACCCUUGUCAUCAAACAUUUCCAAACUUUCCAACCUCAAACACCUCAAUCUGCCAGUCAACCACUUCAAUGGAACAAUUCCGGAAGACAUUGGCUUUUUACCUAAACUUGAAGUUCUUUAUUUGUUCAAUAAUUCCUUUCAAGGUAAAAUUCCUUCCUCCAUAGGCCAACUCAAGGAGCUUUCCCACCUGGAUCUCCGCCAAAACUUGUUAAACUCUACAAUCCCUCAUGAGCUUGGUUCUUGUACUAAUCUCACCUAUUUCGCCUUGGCAAUGAAUCAGCUCAGUGGGGAGCUUCCUCCGUCCCUGUCCAACAUCAAAAAUAUUGUCGAUAUGGGUUUAUCUGAUAAUUCAUUUUCUGGCACUAUUUCCCCUGACCUCAUCUCCAACUGGACUCGGCUGAACUCGUUGCAACUUCAAAGCAAUAACUUUAGUGGGGAGAUUCCCCCGGAGAUUGGCUUGUUGGAAAAUCUCACCCUUCUUUAUCUGUACAAUAAUAGUUUAUCUGGCCCAAUUCCCCAUCAGAUAGAAAACAUGAAAGCCCUGAAAGAAUUAGACCUCUCGGGAAACCAUCUCUCUGGUCCAAUACCUCUCACUCUGUAUAGUCUCACAAACCUUGAAUACAUCCAACUUUUCUACAACAAUCUGAAUGGGAUAAUCCGGCCGGAGAUUGGAAACAUGACGUCCCUGGUUAGCUUCGAUGUCAACACCAAUGAAUUGUCCGGUGAGUUGCCGGAUACCAUUUCUAGCCUCGGUAACUUGGUGGGAUUCUCUGUGUUCACCAAUAAUUUCACCGGAACCAUUCCAAGAGAAUUCGGGAAGAACAGUCCUCGUUUGAGCACAGUCAGCUUUUCAAGCAACAGUUUCUCUGGAGAAUUGCCACCAGAAUUGUGUAGCGGCUACUCGCUUCAGAUUCUCACAGUGAACAACAACAGCUUUACAGGGAUAUUGCCUGAGUGCUUGAAAAAUUGUUCUGGAUUGAAAAGAGUACGUCUUGAUAAGAACAAACUCACAGGCAACAUUACUGAUGCAUUUGGUGUUCAUCCCAAUCUCAAAUACAUCUCUCUGAGUGACAAUCAGUUUGUGGGUGAAGUAUCAACCAAUUGGGGUGACUGUCAAAAUCUCACAAACUUGCAGAUGGAUGGAAAUAAAAUUUCCGGUCAAAUCCCACCAGAGCUUGGAAAGCUGAGUAAGUUGGAACGUCUGAUCCUGGACUCCAAUAACUUGAGCGGGGAAAUUCCGUCGGAGCUGGGAAAUCUAGGGCGGCUAUUCCAUCUCAAUCUCAGCCACAACCAUUUGUCAGGGGAAAUCCCACAGAGCAUAAGCAAGAUGACUGCUUUAGAAUUGCUUGAUUUAUCAGCAAACAAAUUUUCCAACAGUAUUCCAAAAGUGCUCGAAAACUGUGAGAAACUAUCAAGCCUGAACCUAAGCCACAACAAUCUCUCAGGUGAAGUACCGUCCGAGCUUGGCAACUUGGUUUUAUUACAAGCUAUGUUGGAUCUCAGCAGCAAUUCGCUAUCUGGGCAAAUCCCAUUGACCUUCUUCAAGCUUACACGUCUUGAAAUUCUCAAUCUCUCCAAUAACCAUCUCUCGGGUUCGAUUCCCCCGUCACUUUCCCAAAUGUCUAGUCUGCAAUCCGCUGAUUUUUCUUACAACAAAUUGAGCGGUCCAAUUCCAAGCGAAGGAAGCUUUUUCAAACACCCUCAUCCAAAUGCUUUUGUUGGAAACUCUGAUUUGUGUGGAAAUGUAGCUGGGUUGACGGCAUGUGCAUUAUUCUCCAACAAAAAAUCCACCAAAAAUACCACUAAGGUCUUGAUCGGAGUCCUCGUUCCCUCAUGUGCUCUCUUUCUGUUUGCCAUUGUUUUCUGCAUAAUUUUUAUGAAACGGAAAUCCAAACUCCAAGACGUAAAAACCAAAAGCCUCCAAGAUUUGGAGAAAUCGGAGUCCGUGAUAUGGGGAAAAGAAGGGAGAUUCGCAUUCCUGGAACUUGUGAAUGCCACCGAGGAUUUCCACGACAAGUACUGCAUCGGAAAAGGAGAUUUCGGAGUCGUGUACAAAGCGGUUUUGUCUUCCGGUCACGCUGUUGCGGUGAAGCGUCUGAAUACGGAAGACUCGGCCAAUAUUCCAGCGAUAAACCGGCAAAGAUUCGAGAACGAGAUAAGAACUCUGACGGGCGUCCAGCACCGGAACAUCAUAAAGCUCUAUGGGUUUAUCUCCUGGAGGGGUUGUAUGUACUUGGUAUACGAAUACGUAGAGAGAGGGAGCUUGGGGAAAGCAUUGUACGGUUUGUAUAAGAAGGUAGAAGAUCAUCUGGGUUGGGAAAAAAGAAUCAGAAUCGUACAAGGAGUGGCCCACGCGCUUGCGUAUUUGCACCAUGACUGUUCGCCGCCGAUCGUUCAUCGGGAUGUUUCUCUGAACAAUAUAUUGCUGGGAUCGGAUUUCGAGCCACGGCUUUCAGAUUUCGGAACGGCGAGAGUAUUGAAUCCCGAUUCAUCCAACUGGACCAAUUUGGCUGGGUUGUACGGUUACAUGGCCCCAGAGCUAGCACAAACAACGAGCGUGACGGACAAAUGCGAUGUAUAUAGUUUUGGAGUGGUGGCAUUAGAAAUAAUGAUGGGAAAACAUCCUGGCGAAAUGCUUGCGUCAUUGUCGUCAGUUUCAUCGAAAACUUUAGUGGACGACAACAAUGGUGAAUUGCUUUUGAAGGAUGUUUUAGACCAGAGGCUUUCUGCUCCAGGAGGUGAAUUAGCAGAAGCUGUGGUUUUUGCGGUUCAAGUAGCUUUGACUUGCACUCGGACUAAUCCUGAGUCAAGGCCUACAAUGCGUUUUGUGGCUCAAGAAUUAUCAGCUCGGACUCAGCCUUACUUAGCCCAAUCAUUUUCCACCAUUUCAAUGCAGAAUCUAACUUGGCUCAGUAAAUAGAACGGCAAAACGGGUAAAGCUUAAUACUUUGGGGGCUUACCGCUGAGUCUUCAGGUUGUCACAAUCUUGAUGUUUUUAGAUUUUAGAAAUGGAUUCCUAGACAUUGUGUAAGAGCCCUCGAGAUUGAUUUUGAAGCUUAUUUAUUGAAGUUAAUUUUUUUUUUUUUUUUUAAGGGGUUCUAUAAUAUUUUCCUUCUUCUCCCAAAUGUUGACAAAGUCAAAGUCAUGUUUGUUGACGUUACAACAUUUGGUGCCUUUUUUUUUCCACAACUUGCUCAAAUAAUGUUAAAUCUCGUAAUUAAAAUUUAAAAGUUUUGUGUUUCA